AUGGAUGGGGAGGAGGAGAACGUCGGGCCGUUCCGCCGGACCAGCGCCCGCACGCGCCGCAUGGCCACGCGCAUGGCCUCCGCGCUCGCCAGCUCUGACAACCGCGCCCAGGCUGCAUUAGCUCGCCUUGAAGCUCUUGAGAGUGAUAAUUCUGGGGUUGAGGUGGUAGAUCUUAAUGAUGAUGAGUACGGAUCCACAGAUGAGGAAGACCCUGGCUGCCUCCUCGUCUUCUCGCUGCUCUGCCUCCGCGCCGUCGUCUGCCGCGCGCAGGAGCCGGGGCACGGGCAGCUGCAGCCGCUGCCGGCGCUGGAGGUGGAGACCUACAACUACACGUCGUUCCAGGAGGGCAACUCGCGGGAGCAAAAGGAGCUGGCGUUCAGCAGGGAGGCCCGCUUUUACCAGGGCGCGAUCCAGGUCUCCCCGGACACCGGCAACGUCGGCAGCUACCUGGACAUCAUGGUCGACAAGUCCGGCUCCGUGCUCCUCCAGCGCCGCUUCACCAUGUGGCGCCGCGUCGACAAUGGCAGUGGCAGUGCCACGGCCCCGCACGGGCUCACCUUCGUCGUCGCGCCGUCCCGCGACGAGCCGCCCCCCGGCAGCUACGGCGGCUACCUCGGCCUCACCAACGCCACGCUCGAGGCCAACCCAACCCCGGCGAGGAACCGCUUCGUGGCUGUCGAGUUCGACACCACGAAGCAGGGCUACGAUCCCAGCGACAACCACGUCGGCCUCAACGUCGGCUCUGUCGUGUCCGUUAAGACGGCAAACCUGACGGCGUUCCGCAUCGCCACGAACAGCAGCAACCCCACCAACUACACGGCCUGGGUCGAGUACGACGGCGUGGCGCGGCACGUGUCCGUGUACAUGGGCGUCCGGGGCGAGCCGAAGCCGGCGUCCCCGGUGCUGGACUCGCCGCUGGACCUCAGCGAGCACGUCCCGGAGAAGGCGUACAUCGGCUUCACCGCGUCCACCGGCACCGACUUCGAGCUCAACUGCAUCCUCGACUGGACGCUGUCGAUCGAGGUCAUCCCGGAGAAGAAGAGCACGACGUGGGUCGUCAUCGUCGCCGUCGUCGUGCCGGUGACCGUCGUCGCGGUCGGCGUCGCCGCCUUCUUCCUCGCCAGGAAGCUGCGCGCGAGGCGGUCCAUGGAGAGGCGGCAGGAGCGGCUGGAGCAGCAGCUCAGCAACCUCCCCGGGAUGCCCAGGGGGUUCGCGUACGACAGAGUAGGUUAUAGUUGUUAG